AUGGGUUUCCUCCUGACCAAGAUGAUGGCUGUGUUCGGCGAUAGAGGUAGGAUUAACUUUUUUAACAGUGGUGUUUUUGUUGUUCAGUGUCUGCUUUUAAAACUCUCGAGAAACUUGGCAUAGCUUCAAUGUCAUAAGGGAAAAACCAAAGACAAUGUUAUAAAAAGUGACAUCACGCUGACAGAUUGCCUCCUCUGAAAGCUGAUAUUAUUAGACAGCCUUUCUUGAUUUUAUAUGUGUUUAAACCGUAACCCUUAUCCUAACUGUAUUCAGUUUCUAUUCCUUAAUUUUUUGUGGCUGUCGAAGUUCAAUUUCUUACAACUCAGGAUUUAUGGGCUUUUUACUGCCUUUUGUAUGCACUCUGUAUCUUAAGUUCCAUUAACAACUUAUAAGCACAGUCUACCACUAUGAUGUAAAAAAUAUACAGUAUAUGUAUUUAUACAGAGAAGAGAGUUCUUAAACCUUAAUUUGUCACUGUUGUUGUCAUGGAUGAACCUCACUGUUGAUGGUAAACAGUUCCUCCUCAGUUCAUCUCAAUCUUUUUCUCUUUAUCUUAUCUCAGUGUACAUUUGCUUUGCAGUGCAGUCAAACCAAUUACGCAACCCCAGAUAAAACUGUGUGUAUUCGGUAACACGGGCACAUGCGGUCCACCUUUUAGGUUAAAUAUUCAACUUUUGUUUUUGACUUUCUUUCAGAGCACAAAGUCAUUAUCGUAGGCCUGGACAACGCUGGAAAGACGACAAUCCUUUAUCAAUUGUAAGGGACUUUUAAGAUUGACAGCAUUGUCUUAUAAUCAGUCAUAUCUCAAUAAUCAAAGUUGUUAAAUUGUCCGGUUUCUUCUCCUUCCACAGUUUGACAAAGGAGGCUGUCCACACAUCCCCUACCAUUGGCAGCAACGUGGAGCAGAUCACUGUCCGUAACACGCACUUCUUAGUUUGGGAUAUUGGAGGGCAGGAGAGCCUAAGAGCCAGCUGGUACUCAUACUACUGCAAUACAGAGGUACAGUACACAAGACACCCCAAACCAAGUGAAACUAUAUUUCGAAAACAAUCCAAAAAGAUGUGCACAACUAAACAAGUCAGCACUUUUGUUUAUCUUGUAUUCAUCAUGGACUCAAAAAAAAGGACUUCAAAGAACACAAAUACAUCAAGAGUUUGAUCUGUACAUCGUGGAUGAUUCUGGUAGUUAAAACAACUGAUACAUGAGAGUAAAAACAGAAACAGAAAGCAGUUUAUGGGACAAUGCACAUUAACCUCUGUUGGCCUCUUUUUCUUGUACCCUGCUCCUUGUGUUGAUAAAGUGUCCUAUCAGUGUUGCAUAAUCCUUGAAAGUGUCUGAUACACUGAGCCCCCUCCAGUCCUUUGAACAGUUCGUGAAAGUGCAGGCCCUGAGAUUUGUGCUGAUUCUCUUCUAAAUUCAUUUUUUGUCAUGGCUUUCAGAUUGUUAUUCUGGUUGUGGACAGCACAGACCGUGAACGCCUCACUCUCACCAAAGAGGAGCUGCACCGAAUGUUAUCAUAUGAGGUACAAAGUCUUUUCUCUUUUGACACAAUUUAUCACUUACAUAAUAUCAAAUUACUGCUUUAAUAAUUACAUAAGUUACACCAGGGCGUGUGACAGUAAAGUCAAACUGAUUCAUUUGAAUGUACCCUUGAGUAAAACCCUUUUGUAAGUAGGUGAAUACACCUAAUUCUGCUAUUACAACAUAGAUAUAAAAGAUACACUCCCGCAUUCAGCCACAGCAGCUGACAAACCCAUGACACGAUAUGAUGAGGAAGUUUCUGUUUAGACUGUGAGUCAGCCUCUUGACAUGUUGUGUCUAAAAGUUCCGCUGACAUUGUUGUUUUCGGUUCCCAAAGGUGGUGUGGGGACAUUUUUGGGGUUUCCAGUGGAGACGCCUCAGCUAUAAUCUGUACGCUAUCUUUCUUUUUUUACGACACAGGACCUACAGAAUGCAGCAGUUCUCAUUUUGGCCAACAAACAGGACGUCAAAGGUUCAAUGACGGCGGCAGAGAUCUCUCAGUGCCUCACACUUGACUCCAUCACAUCACACUCCUGGCAUGUUCAAGCCUGCUGCGCCCUCACAGGAGAGGGGUGAGUAGUCUUCACUCAUCCUACUUUCUCUGAUGAGUCAAUCUUUAAAAUGACUAGCAAACAAUAGGCUGUAUUAACUCUUAUUUCAUUCGCUCUCUUUCAGUCUACCUGCCAGUCUGGACUGGAUGAAGUCACGGGUUGUUGCGAACUAG